UCACUCUAUACUUCUUCUUAUCCUCCACAAAAUAGAAAACCAAAUCAGAACAGUGCUCUUCUCUCAACGAUAAAGAAGAAGGAAAGAAGGAAAGAAAAUACCACACCACACUCUGUUACUCACCUCAUGAAUUUCUUAACUUAAAACAACCCCUUCAUUUACUCUCUAUUUACCACUAUGCCAUCUCGCCACCUCCGAUCUCUAUCAGAACCACCACCACUCCACCACCACAUCCGCCUCCUCCCUCCACUCCUUGCUGGAACACUAACGCUCAUUCUCAUUUUCCUUAUUGUACUCGUAGUCUUGCUCUAUCGCAAAAUCACGCGCAACCGUACAGCUCCAAUUGCAAGAUCUCCAAAUCACCACCACCACCAAUGCCGCUGCUACUCCUACUCUCUCCUCCGCCGUGCAACUUCCUCAUUCUCACCAUCCAACCGCCUCGGACACGGCGGAUUUGGAUCAGUCUACAAAGCUACACUACCUAACACUAAUCAACAUUUAGCUGUUAAAUUGAUGGACCAAAACGGUUCUCUUCAAGGCGAAAGAGAGUUCCAUAACGAACUCUCAAUUGCUUCUUGUUUAGAUUCUCCUAAUAUUGUGUCCCUCCUUGGCUACUCAUGUUCGCGAAAGAAGAAAUUAGUUUUAGUCUAUGAGUUGAUGGAGAAUAGAAGCUUACAAGAAGCUUUGUUUGAUAGGAAAUGUGAAGAGUUGAUGAAUUGGAAGGUUAGAUUCGAGUUAGUGAUUGGUGUAGCUAAAGGGCUUGAGUAUUUGCAUCAUUUUUGUAGUCCUCCGGUGAUUCAUGGGGAUAUUAAACCUGGUAAUAUCUUGCUUGAUUCGUGUUUUAACGCGAAAAUUGGAGAUUUUGGUCUAGCGAGAUUGAGGAUUGAGGAGAGUAAUGGUUUCCCGGAGAAGAAAGAGGGUUUUGGAGAGGAUAAUGGGUCGAUUUUGGAGGAGACGGAGAGUGUGGCAAGUGGGUGCGGAGAGAGUGGGAUUAUAGACGUUGGUGGUGUUGUGAGAUCGCCGGAGAGUUUUGGUGUUAGGGUUUUGGAUUCGGAUGCGUCACCGGAGAUGUUUUCAGUGGUUUCGCCGGAGGGUGGGGUGCAUAAGGGGAGUAUAUCAGAGGCGGGUUUUGAUAAGAUGAGUGUUGAUAGUGGAAGAGAUCUGAUUGGUGGAGGGAAGAAAGGUGGGUCGAGGAGGGAUUGGUGGUGGAAACAGGAUAACGGAGGUGGAUCUGAGUCGGGGAGAGUGAAGGAUUAUGUGAUGGAGUGGAUUGGAAGUGAGAUUAAUAAGGAGAGACCUAAGCAAGAAUGGAAUGCAGCGUCUCCAAUUUCCAGUGAUAAUAAGUUGUUGAGCAAAAAAAGUUUGAAGCGCGAGCCAAAGAAGCAUAAGAAGAAAUUGGAAUGGUGGGCUUCUUUAGAUGAGGAAAGAAUGAAGAAGAAAGAGAAGAAUAGAAAGCCUAGAGAGUGGUGGAAGGAGGAGUUUUGUGAGGAGCUGACGAAAAAAAAGAAGAAGAGAGGACUUAGUUCGAGUAAUAGUGGAGAUUUAUGGUGGCAAAAGGAUGGUGAUGGGGUGCAAGAAAGGAAGAGGAAGAGGAAGAGCAAGGGUAGUAGAGGUAGUAUGGAUCGGUGGUUGGAUGGUUUCAGUGGUGAAUUUAGAAAUGGGAGAAGAAACAGCCAGGAUUGGGCUAGUUUAGAGAUCCCCAGGAGUGGUGGUAUUAGUAGCACGCCUAGCAUGAGAGGAACGGUGUGUUAUAUUGCUCCUGAAUAUGGUGGAGGUAGCCUGUUAUCAGAGAAGUGUGAUGUUUAUAGUUUUGGUGUUCUGCUUCUUGUGGUGGGUUCUGGGAGAAGACCGCUGCAAGUAACCGCCUCACCAAUGUCAGAAUUUGAGAGGGCUAUGCUAAUCUCUUGGGCCAGGCAACUUGCAUACAAUGGGAAGCUAUUGGAUAUUGUUGAUGCUUCAGUGCAUUCGUUGGAUAAGGAUCAGGCAUUGCUUUGCAUUACAAUUGGUCUCCUGUGUUUGCAGAAAUCGCCUAGCAAACGGCCCACGAUGAAAGAAAUUGUGGGGAUGCUUUCUGGGGAGGCAGAGCCACCCCACUUGCCAUUUGAAUUUUCGCCAUCACCGCCGUCCAAUUUUCCAUUCAAAUCCCGAAGAAAGGCUCGUUGUGUUUCGCUUUGCAUUGAAUAAAUUCAUGGAGGGUUCUUCCCAAGAUUUGAGCAGGUUGUUAGUGGAUUCAAAGUCGCUAGUCCUACCAGUGAAUUGUGGAACCAGCAAUUUUAGAAUCUUGACAGAAUCUUCUAUCUGUUGAAAGUCCGAGUGCAGCAAACAUGCUGUUGAACAGUAGAAGAUGAAUGCUUUCCAGGCCUCUGUAUUGCCCUCUGACUAUUACAGCGGAGAACAUUACAAUGGAAAGGGAUAAAAACAAAAGCAUGUAUUUCACUUUCGGUGGGAAUUGCAGAUGCGUGAUGGAAGCCGAAUGACUUGUUAAUUCUCAAAUUAUCUCAAGUAUCUUGCAAUCUAUAAAUUCCCAGUUCCGGUGCCUUCUUAGUGUAAUCUUCUGAUGCUUCUCUCUCACUUAAAUGUGAUUCCACAGCCUAAUUCCUCGGGAUUUAA